AUGAAAGCGUUGCCCGAGACGGGAAGGCAGGCGGUGAUAAGGGACCUUUACGAUGUUAAGGAUGCUGUCUCGCCGUUGAAGAUGAUCAUCCGACUCGUCCCGAAGCCCCGCGAUAAAGCUCUUGAAGACCAGACCGAAACGGUUAACGCUGCCAAGGCCAUCUCCGACACUGAGGCCGUGGAGAAACCUGCGACGAAGGGUCGCAAGCGCCUACGUUCCGAACCCAA